CAACUUAAAAGAAGCUACCUAACAAACGAAGCGUCACUCAUUCUCACUCACCCGUUUCACCGAGUCGACUCAGUCUCCGAUCACCGUGUUCGUCGCCGGAAAACAGAUCAGAAAUCAACCGGUAAAAUCAGUCGCCGUAACGUUUACGAAGUCAUCGGAAACUUUUGACUGUUCAAUGCUUGAAUUCCACCGUAGAUUCGCCGGAAUCUGAGUUACAGAAUCGCCGAAAAAUGACACCGGUGAAGAGAGAGAUAAGAGAGGAAUCAAAUCAGUACGAUCAACAACACGUAUCUCCAAAAAAACGACCUAGGCAUCAAGAAUUCGGAACUGGUAGUUUUCCUGUAUCGCCAGCACAAUAUAAUCCACUGGAUGAGCCAAGUCCGUUAGGGUUGCGGCUCCGAAAGAGCCCAUCUUUGUUGGAUUUGAUUCAAAUGAAGCUUUCAGAAAAAGCUGCUUCUAAAAUGGGAACGGUUUUUGAAAAAGAAAACAAAAACACUACUGCUUCUGCUACUACUGAUAAGCUAAAGGCUUCAAACUUUCCAGCAUCACUUCUGAGGAUAGGUACCUAUGAGUAUAAGUCAAGACACGAAGGGGACUUGGUAGCUAAGUGUUACUUCGCAAAGCGGAAGCUUGUAUGGGAAGUUCUUCAGGGUGAUCUGAAGAAUAAAAUUGAAAUUCCGUGGUGUGACAUUAUGGCUUUGAAGGCAACUUACCCAGAUGAUGGGCCGGGUAGUCUUGAUGUAGUGCUCACUAGGAGACCUAUGUUCUUCAGAGAGACUAAUUUCCAGCCCAGAAAGCAUACGUUAUGGGAAGCAACUACAGAUUUUACUGGAGGAGAAGCUAGCUUACACAGGCGUCAUUAUUUACAGUGUCCACCAGGCUUAUUAGGCAAACACUUUGAGAAGCUGAUUCAGAGUGACCCUCGACUUUUAUUUCUGAGUCAGCAACCCGAGGUAAAUUUGGAGUCACCGUAUUUUGAACCCAGGCAAUCAGUGUUUGAUGAACCAAAUGAAACGAACGGAUAUGAUCUAAGCAGAGAAGUAGGACCCACUAUCUUUGAUUUCCCUCAUACAGCCUCACCAUCAGGUCAGUCUUGUUCAUAUGUGGGUGAGCUGCAUGAUUCUUCUGGUGGACCUGCGGACUUCCCUCUGGAAGCACCUUCUCCCAGCUCAGUGAUGGACACGUCAGCAGUCGAAAGUAUCCGAAGAGCUGGAAUCGAGGGACUAAACGAUCUUAGCCAUUGGGACCAAAUCAAGGUACCCGGGAUACACCCAUCGAUGUCAAUGACUGAUUUAGUAAAUCACGUUGAAAACAGAAUCAUAGAACAAAGAACAUCCAGCAAUCACCCUCUUUCCAUUGACGAGCAACAAAGUUUAGAGAUUCUAGAAGAUAUUUCCCGAUGCUUAUUCAACGACGGUCAAUAUGGGUCAACACCUUCAGACGAGAAAUCUGUCAUGUCAAAAGUCAACUCUCUUUGCUGUCUGUUACAGAAGGACCCUACAACAUUUCAAGAUCUCGAGCCCAAAACCGACUGCAACGGGCCUAGGCCUGUUUUGGGCUCGGUAGAGGAAGGUGGUUCGGUGACCGAGGGUACCGGGAUGUCGAGGAAGGACUCAAUUGCUGACUUGCUGCUUAAUCUUCCAAGGAUAGAAUCUUUACCACAAUUCUUCUACAACUUCUAGGAUGAGUUUGGAGACUGAGAUAAGGGUAGUUUUGUGAUUUUAUAUUUUCAGUCGUUAUUGGUGGUUGUAGGAUUGUUUUAGAUCAUGUGCAGAUGUUACAUAUGUUGUCCUGAGUGACAUGUACUUGAUGCAUAAAUACUUGCAAAGUUUGCCUUUAUAAGGUGAAGUAUGGUUUCUUUAAAGUUGAAAUAAACUGAAACCUGAUAUGAAACAAA